AUGGAUAACAACCCUCCUGGUCCCUAUCGCCACCGUCGGCAAGCAGGCGACCCUCAGUCCGCCCAGUCCGCUCUGUCGGGCUAUCUUCGCUCGAAUGCGAUAAAUGCGAGAGCUAUUACUCGCGGACAUCAAGAUCGUAUCCAAGCUGCACGAGAUGCUUUUGCUACAGCUCAGAUUACCGCCAACUCAAGCACGCAGAAUGUAGAGAAAGAUGAAGAUGAAGAUGAAGAUGAUGAGGAUCGCGAGGAAGAGGGUUCAGCUAGUCCUUCAGCCACCACAACUAUCAGCACAACCGAAGCGCGCAAGCGCAGACGCAAAGAACUCCGCAAACGCAAAGAACUCCGCGACAUGCACAAGAUCAAGAUGACUAAGCAGUUCAAGAAACGUGUUGCGUCACGACUUCCAUUAUACACCGAUGAAGAUGUGUUAGCCCGUCAGAUGCUUCGCGAACAAGAAAAAGAGAGAAGGGCGAUUGCGGACUUCAUGCCAGGUCAAACAGAGAACUGUGAAAUCUGUCAGCAACGAUUCACAGUAACUCCUUACACACGCGCUGGCCCGAACGGAGGCUUGCUUUGCACAAAAUGCGGCAAAAAGUUGGCAGACGAAGAAGAUGGUAAGAAGAAGGGCAAGAAGGCCACCCAAGGUCCCGCUGGUCGUCGCAAAGAUCACAGAAAAAAACAGGCAGGAGGUUCUUUCGGAAUCGGGACGAAAUCGCUCGUCACUCUCUGCAUCGAAACCCUCGCAGCGAACAUCAGCCUCGCCGACUCCUUCGGCGACCUCCCCUUCAUGGUCAUUGAUCGUAUUGCAAGAAUGUUGUCGAAACGUCGUAUGAUGAACGCACACACCCUGGAGCUAUUUCUUCAGCACCAGCCAGAGGAUGUUCGUAUAUACGACGCAUCUCAGCUUGAGCAACAGGACUACCUCCGAAUCUUCCAAGUCUGUCCCAAACUCAAGCACCUCAAGUUGUAUAACGCGAUUCAAUUCAGAGAUGAGGUAAUGGAGUAUCUCAUAGGACGAGACUUCACUCUAGAGAGCCUCUACCUUGCCGGUGCAAACCUCUUGACGGAAAAAGGUUGGUGGGACUAUUUGAAAGUCAAGGGAGGACAUCUCAAGAGUCUGCGCGUAUACUUCACGGAUCAGCACUUCAACCAGGGUGUUCUUCAAGCUCUGCAACUUUUCUGUCUAUCCCUGGUACGACUCAAGAUCUACCAUAAUCAACAGAUCUUAGAUUCGCAGUUAGAGCACAUUGCUAAAAUUCCAAGUCUCCGGCAUGUCAGCUUACACCUAAUUAAACCGACCACGACAUGCACUUAUGUCUAUAUCAUUCAGCAUCUAGGCAAGAACCUAGAGACAUUCUCUAUCAGGAUGGUACCUCAAGUCGGUGAUGAACUCCUGGAAGAGAUACACGAGAAGUGUGCCAAAUUGACGAAACUUCGUAUUACUCAUAGCGAAGUCAUGACAGAUGCUGGGUUCACCAAAUUGUUCACAGGAUGGAAGAACAAGCCACUGAAGGUCAUCGACUUUGAGAAAUGCCUUCCAAUGACAGAUGAAACCCCUCAGGAGAACGCUGACACGGUGGGGCUCCAUGCGAGUGGCUUCGAGGCUAUGAUGAACCAUUCUGGAAGCAAGCUAAAGAAGUUGAAUCUUCAUGGCUGCCGACAUAUUUCUGGUGAUGCUUUCGAAGCGGUUUUCGCAUCGGGCAAGAAAUACCCCGAACUCCUGGAUUUGGAAGUUAGCUUCUGCGAAGCUGUGACAGAUCUCAUAGUGGGAUUAAUCUUCAAGAGCUGUCCACGCUUAGAGAAGCUGAAUGUUUUCGGCUGCAUGAGGGUUAGUGACGUUCGAGUGCCUCGCGGCAAAAUCUUGAUUGGCCUGUCAAACGCAAAGGGUAUGGGUAUCCAAGGUACCGAAGACUAA